AGAAAACCAAAUUUACCGUGUAAGAGGACCAUUUUUAUUUUUUAUUCUGAAAACUUUGGCUGAGUUUUGGUGUCUUGACUCAGCAAAGUCUGUCAUUCAGCAAGGCUUGCACUGGAGAAACCCAUCAAAAAUGUCUAAAACUGGAACAAAGAUUACUUUCUAUGAAGACAAAAAAUUUCAAGGCCGCCACUAUGACUGUGAUUGCGACUGUGCAGAUUUCCACAUGUACCUGAAUCGCUGCAACUCCAUUAGAGUGGAAAGAGGCACCUGGGCUGUGUAUGAAAGGCCCAACUUUGCUGGGUACAUGUACAUCUUACCUCGGGGCGAGUACCCUGAAUACCAGCAUUGGAUGGGCCUCAACGAUCGCCUGGGCUCCUGCAGGGCUGUUCAUCUGUCUAGUGGAGGCCAGUAUAAGAUUCAGAUCUUUGAGAAAGGGGAUUUUAAUGGUCAGAUGUAUGAAACCACUGAAGACUGUCCUUCCAUCAUGGAGCAGUUUCACAUGCGAGAGCUCUACUCCUGUAAGGUGCUGGAGGGUGCCUGGAUUUUCUACGAGCUACCCAACUAUCACGGCAGGCAGUACCUUCUGGACAAGAAGGAGUACCGGAAGCCCAUCGAAUGGGGUGCAGCUUCCCCAGCUGUCCAGUCUUUCCGCCGCGUUGUAGAGUAAUGACAUGGAUGGGCCAUAAGCUUCUUCCUAGGGGCCAAACACUGCUGGCCUUGUCAUCAAAUAGGCAUCAUAAAUAAAACAAUUGGCAUGCACUCCA